AUGACCAAGCAUUCACCUACUUCACAUGAGGCUUCCGCAUCGAACCCAGUCUUAGAGGCGAUUGUGGCCCGCCGUAGUAUUCACUACUUGAAGCCAGAGCUACCAGAAGGUGUUACCUUCGAUGACAUAUACCACAUUGUCCAAGAAUGUGUGAAACAUACACCAACGUCGUUCAACUCACAAGUUAACAGGGCAUUCAUAGUGCGUGGGGCCUUACAUUACAAGAUCUGGGACCAAGUUGUUAAUAAGAUCAAGGAACCGGAGUACAGAGCUAGGCCAUUGAGAAUAAGAGAUGGUGCUUACGGUUCUAUCUUCUUCUAUGUAGAUGAAAACGUUACUGAGAGAAACAAAGUUGAACAUCCCGAAUGGGCACCUGUGUGCGAAGCGUACGCAGAUCAGGCUAUGGGAGCAGCCUCGAUUGCUGCAUGGACUGUGAUGCAUAACAUGGGUAUUGGUUGUAAUAUGCAACACUAUGGUAAGUAUAUGCAUGAUCCUAAUGUGCUACCAGAAGACAUACCAUCUCAUUGGACUAUGAAAUGCCAGCUGGUAUUUGGCGUUCCUGAUAAGGACCCUAAUGAAAAGAAAUUCAUUGAAAACAUAGUCAAAGUGUAUGAGUAA